UGACGUAUUUAACGUCACAAUUACAAGACUUGUCAUUGCGAUUGUUUUUCUGAACUGAUAAAUAAUUUUUUUUACUCAUUUACUCAUUACAAUACGUAGUUUAGUUUAUUUUACGCUGCUUCAUCUUUUACAAACCAGUCUUUACUAAGCAUUGCAACAUCUCAAGUGAUUAUUUAUUAUCUUGAACUAAACGUAUAUGACACUUUUGAAAAUAUUUGUCACAAUUUGUUCGAAGUGAAAUUUAAAAACUGAGUGAAAAAUGAAUCUGUCAUUUGCUGGUUGUGGUUUCCUCGGUAUUUACCAUGUUGGAGUAGCUGUUUGCUUCAAAAAGUAUGCUCCACAUCUUCUUUUGGACAAAAUUAGUGGAGCUUCAGCUGGAGCGAUAGCAGCAUGCUGUCUUCUUUGUGACUUACCCCUCGGAACUAUGGUGGGUAAUGUAUUAAAAUUAGUCAAAGAAGCAAGAAGGAAAACUCUUGGACCUUUCAGUCCUUCGUUCAAUGUACAAGCCCUUCUUUUAAAGAGUUUACAAGAAUAUCUUCCUGAUGAUGCUCACAUUCGAGUCAGUGGAAAACUUCACAUUUCUUUAACACGUGUUUAUGAUGGUCAAAAUGUCAUUGUUUCACAGUUUAAUUCACGAGAAGAUUUAUUACAAGCUCUUCUCGCAAGUUCUUUUGUUCCAAUUUUUUCUGGUCUUCUUCCGCCUCGAUUUCAUGGUAUUAGAUACAUGGACGGAGGAUUUAGUGAUAAUUUACCAACUUUAGAUGACAAUACUGUAACUAUUAGUCCAUUUAGUGGUGAAAGUGAUAUUUGUCCUCGUGAUAUUUCUUCACAAUUAUUUCACGUUAAUUUUGCUAAUACUAGUAUCGAAUUAUCUCGACAAAAUAUUUAUCGAUUAGCACGAAUUCUUUUUCCUCCGAAUCCUGAAAUUCUAUCAAAAAUGUGCCAACAAGGUUUUGAUGAUGCUUUGAGGUUUCUUCAUCGUAAUAAUUUAAUCAAUUGCAAUCGUUGUGUUUCAAUCCAAUCAACGUUUGUUAUUUCUGAAACACUUGACGAUAAUACAGAGUACGACCCCGAGUGUGUAGAAUGUAAAAUGCAUCGACAAGAAGCUUUAGUCGCUGAUUUACCCGAAACGGUAAUGAAAUUAUUCCAAGACGCAAUUGACUCAGCAAACAAAGGAAUAAUUAAUUGGCUAUUUAAGCAUAAGAGUAUGAAAUUAUUAUCAGUUUUAAGUCUUCCGUACACGUUUCCUGUUGAUCUUAUAAUGGCAACAUUAUACAAAUUCAUCGAAAGCGCUCCAAAAUUAAGUGAAAAUGCUGUAAAAUUGAUAAAAUGUUUCUUGAAACAAAUAGCUCUUUUAUUACCAACAAUAAAUAUUCAAUUCAUAUCGAUACCAGAAAUGAUUAAAUAUCAAAUAGCCAUUUCAAAUUACAAAUCUAGUUACACGGAUAAGGAUGAAAUAGAUUCAUUUUCGAAAUCUUGGAAAAAUUAUCAGCACAACUCAUGUUUCCUGAAAAUUCGAGAUUUUUCACAUACAGACGAUACUUUCGAAAAUAUUCUUCAAGUAACUUCCGACCAAGAAGCAUUAAUGGCUUAUUAUUAUUUAAAUGACAAUAACACAGUGAAAAUGAAAGAUAUAUUUGAUAUUAAGUCUUCGGAUUAUAAUGAAAUUUUUGAAACUACCAAACAACUUCAAUUUGAUGAAGUUUCUUGGGAUGAACCAGACUGGUUGAAUAAACAUAAGUUGACAGAUGUUAUUCCAGAAGUUCCUCAAAAGAAUAUUAAAUCUGAGGACAACCGAGAAGAUGAUCAAAGAAGUUUGGAACAAUCUGAUGGUUCUCACGAAGAAACGAAUAUAUUUUCUGAUCCUGAAAGCGAAUGGACUAUGAAAAAAACAAUAGAAUCUGUAAAUGUUCCCUCUAUAUCCACUACUUCAUCUUUGAGGCCUGAAACUUAUCAACCCAAUCAAUAAAGUAAUUCACACGUUUAUAAUAGAAAAAAAAUAGUUAAAUUGAGUCAAAUACUCGAGCACGAACUCAAUAAAAUCAUUAUAAAAAUGUACCUGAAUCACUGGGCUCGAGGAUGUUCAGUAUUUUAUUAAUGAAAAUAUAAUUUCUAAUGUUAUUGGAAAUAACAAUGGAAUAAUGUUUGAGGAAAUGUGGAUAGCGAAAUUAGCAGAUUUCUAAUUCCAAAUAAAAUUGGUUAAUAGUAUAUUUCACACCUAGGGAGGAAAAGUAGACUAGCUCAAACCACGUGUAAAAUUACAACCCGAGCCGAAGGCGAGGGGGGUAAACACGUGGUUUAAGCUUGUCUAAUUGUCCUCCUUAGGGCUGAACAUAAUUUUUCGUCAUACCUGAGUGGAAAGUUCAACCCCUCUCCAAUGGAAAAGUGAACUUUCCGCGCAGGCAUGACGAAAAAU